AUGUUCAAUAGACCGGACCAGUACCUCCCACAACUGGCCACGCCGAAUCAUAUCCAUCAAAACCCAAAUGCAUUCCAACAGGCCCACCACCACGUUCAUACCCCUACACAGCAACCAACUCAACAUGCAGGCUACGCUUAUCCUCCUCAAUACCAAACAUUGCCACCAAUAGGUAUGAUCAUUCAACCAAAUAAUCUGUAUCAUCCACCACCACCGGCACCCUUAACUGCCGUCGUGCCUCCUCAAUCUGUACCACAGCAAUCCGUACAAAUGUCAAUACCACAACAGGACCAGCAACAACAACCGCCACCAUCACAGCAACAGUUACAACAGCACAUGCAUCAACAACAAGAACAAUACUAUCAACAACAACACUAUACAAAUCCAACAGAACACAAACCGGGUACACUCUCCCAUGUUCAUAAAAGAGGUCCUUGGGGACCUGCAGAGGAUGCUAAGUUAUUGGAAUUAAUUGAACAACAUGGUGCAUCAAACUGGGUAAGAAUUGCAAAUUAUCUCGAGAGUCGUACAGCCAAGCAAUGUCGUGAACGUUAUCAUCAAAAUUUGAAACCUUCUUUGAAUAGAACCCCAAUUACUCCUGAAGAAGGUGCAAAAAUUGAAAAAUUAGUUGCAAUUCACGGUAAGAAGUGGGCAGAAAUAUCUCGUCAUUUGAAUGGAAGAUCAGAUAACGCUAUCAAGAAUUGGUGGAAUGGUGGGGCAAAUAGAAGAAGAAGAGCUAGUGUUCAAACCCAUUCAAGCAAUAGUGACACAAAUAUCUCAGAAAUUAAAAGAGAUUCAAGAGUAUCAGAAAAUUCAAUACUGGAAACUCAAAAUGAAGUUAAAGGCUCAAUGUUACCGCCUCCGCCAUCUAGUGCUCCAAAUUCAGUUCCAUAUUACCAGCAACAGCCUCAACAACAACAACAACAGUUGCCUCAACCUCAAUCUCAGUCACAACAACAGCAACAACAUUAUCAAUUGCCUCAAAUUUCAUUUAAUACCUCAAUGUUUGGCAAAGUACAAGAAAAUACACUUCCCAGUAUCUCACAAGCGUUACAUCCAUCAUCAACCUCACUUGCGACUUCAACUUCGACUCCACCACCUUCUUCUGAGAACAACCAUGGUUCUACAAGCUUGCCUUUGAAACCAAACAGUUGCCGAUCUGCAAGUUUUGAUAUAAAUUCCACUACAACAUUACCCCCAAUCGCUCUGAACAAUAAGCGAAGAUUGAUAGAUGAUCAGUUUGGUCGUAGACAUUCAAGUGCUACUUCUUCAUUAUUGCACAGUCAUCAUAGUGGUUCUCACCCAAACCUAUUUAGUGUUCAUUCUGCCCGUACUUCCAUUAGUGGACCUAGUGGAGGGGCCCAUGGUACUGGAACAUCAUCAUAUGGUGGUUCUCCAUUACUGUUGAGUAACGCUGCUUCGAGGAAUAAUUCAAUCACUCAUUUUGAAUUGUUGAACAAUUCAACAGCUGCUUCCAGAAGAUCAAGUACAUUUGCAUCAGACUUGUUUCCAAAUCCUUUAAAUAAGGAUCACAACAAUCAUAAACGAAAUGAAUCCCAAAGUUCAUCCUUUAAUUCUCCUUUAUUGACUCCAGUAACAAGAUUUUCAGUUUCAUCAAUCAAUUCAAUUCACAAUAGUGCAAUUCCAAAUGCCAAUUCAUCAUCCAUGACAUCUCCGGCUACAUCGUACAAGAAGGUAUAUUCGGCUAGUUCAACUUCGAUUAAUUUACCGGUUAAAGAAGAAUCUGAAGGCGGACCCGAAAGAACUGAAUCCAAUGAAAACUCGGAAAUGGAUACAGAUACUGACAAAGACGAAUCGUACAAGAAACCGAAUACCCAAAAGGAGUAUAAAGAGAAAAUGUCUGUUUCAGCUUUGCUUGAUUGA